AAUAAUAUUUAGGUUAUGUUUAUAUAUGGCUUAACGCUUAUAUCGUAUGUCAUAUCGAAAAUUAUAAAACGAUUAUAUUUAUUUCAAAAUAUGACAAGAUCACAUAUAAAAUAUCAAAUUGCAAAAGAUGCAGAUGAUACAUCAGAUUAUUUUCUUCAACCAGUCCAAGAACUUUCAAAUAUAUCCAAAAAGGAGAUAUCUCUUUGGAAAAAAAUUUUUCGAACUAUUACAUUAAUUUUUUGUUACUUUAUCUUAUCUGUAGGUUUAACAUUUUAUGUACAAUGGCUUUAUAAUACAUAUGGAUUUCAUUUUCCACUUACUGUGGUAAUAUGUCAUUUAUUAUUAAAAUUUUUGUUAUCUGCUUUAAUAAGAUGUAUUAAAGCAUGUUGGAAAAAACAACAGCAAUUAAAACUUCCUUUACAAAGCAUAAUAGGAAUGGUUAUGCCAGUUGGCAUAGCUAGUGGUCUUGAUGUUGGUUUAUCAAACUGGGCAAUUUCACUAAUUACUAUGUCAUUAUAUACAAUGACAAAAUCAACUACUAUCAUUUUUAUUCUUGGAUUUGCACUUUUUUUGAGAUUAGAGAAAAAGUCUUGGUCAUUAUCAUGUAUUGUAGUAAUGAUAUCAGGAGGCUUAUUUAUGUUUACUUACAAAUCAACACAAUUUGGAAUUUUCGGAUUUGUAAUUUGUCUCUUAGCAUCAUUUUCAAGUGGUAUUCGAUGGACUAUGACACAAUUAAUUAUGCAGAAAUCUAAAUUUGGAAUGAAAAAUCCAAUUGAUAUGAUGUACUAUAUGCAAUUGUGGAUGUUAUUACCUAUUGUACCAGUAAUGAUAUGGUUUGAAGGACCUCGUCUGUAUAAUAAUUUUAAAAAUACUGAUUGGAAUAAUGUGCAUACUAUUGCAAUGACUGUAACUGCUAUAUUUGGAAGUGCUAUUAUAGCUUUCCAUAUGGAAAUUAUGGAAUUUUUAGUUGUUACAUACACUUCUAGUCUUACACUUUCAAUUACUGGCAUAAUUAAAGAAAUAUGUAUUUUGAUUUUAGCUGUGGAAUGGAAAGGUGAUCAAAUGAGUGGUCUUAAUUUCAUAGGGUUAUUAAUGUGCCUUUGUGGAAUCAUAAUUCAUACUAUCCAAAAAGUAUUAUCAAAUAGAAACAAAAUAGCUGAAAAUUUGGAAUUACAAGUAAAUUCUCUUUCAAGUAACAAUUUAAAAAAUGAAGAUGGUAUUGAUACAAAUUUACCUUUAUUAACUCAAAAAUCAACAUCGUUAACAAAUCUUUUAAAUGCAGAAUUCAGUUCAGAUGAAGAUGAUACAUUUAAACAUGGUGAGAAUUCUACUCAAAUAUUAUCUAAUAUAUUGCAACGUAGGGAACAGUAAAAUUUAAACUUUAAUAUUAUUAUUAUUAGAGUGAUAAGAUUUAUUCUAAAAAAUCAUUCCAUGUUUAAUUAUAUACCUCUCUC